AUGAGUUGGCCGAACAGUCAAACAAACGUUCGGUCUCAGCAACCUCUCCUGUGCUACAUGGUACUUUUGGCAGAACUUAUUAGUAGAGUUGAGCCUGUCAGAGUCAGCUUAGGACUCCUGUUUGUGGCUUUUACAGUCCUAGCAGUUUCCCCUGCGAUUGAUCAAAUUGAUCUUUCUGAAUACGUAUACGGGGUAGACCAUGAUCUACAGGCCAGAGCUAGAGUUGCUGUAGAGGCUGAGAGAUUUGCUCGCCAAUCAAAGAGUUGGCUGCAAGAUAGGUUGAAAACGAACCGAGAACCAUGCACAUCAUCGGAAAGACCUUGCCCGCCGAGCAAGUACAGAACACCUUCCGGAGCUUGCAACAAUGUCAGGCAUCCUGCCUGGGGUGCCAGAGGAUCUCCAUAUCUUAAAUUUUUGGCACCUGCUUACUCUGACGGUAUCAGUAUACCAAGGCAGUCGGUGAGCAGGCACGCCCUACCAUCAUCUCUGGAUGCAGUCUCCAGGGUACAAAGCAGGUUGAACUCCGAGGUUCUUCACGAGGGUCUUACCAGUCUUACAGGAAUCUGGACCGAGUUGUUGCUUCGGGACAUAUCGUCUCCAAUCCAUCCACAAAGGCAAACUAAUUGCUGUUCGAAGACUUCAAAUCACCCAGAAUGUUACGAGAUAGUAGAUGAAUCAGGAUCAUGUCUCAAUUACUACCGCAACGUACCUACUCUCAGUGCCCACAUCUGUCGCUUCGAACGCAGGGAACAGAUGAAUGGCGCCUCCGGAUACUUGGAUGGCUCAGACCUUUAUGGAAAUACCGAUGAAAAGCUUCACAAAAUGAGAACCUACAGUCAUGGCAAGGUCGAUCCAUUAGCUUGCGAAAUGUGCAAAGAAUCGGGAUCUGCAUUAGGUCAACUAUACUUGGCUCUACUUACGGAACACAACAGGAUUGCUGAACAAUUAUCCUUGGAAAAUAAUCACUGGGACGAGUCAAGACUCUAUCUGGAAGCUCGAAAAGCGGUUGUUGCUCAAAUCCAACAUGUUACUUUCAACGAAUAUGUCCCCAGCGUUUUGGGAGAAGCUGCUCACUCUGAUCCUGAAUUGAGACCAGCUACAAGUGGAUACUAUUCUGGAUAUUCUUCUACCAACAGAGGUGGUGCUCUGGAUGCUGUCGCACUUGCAGCUUUACAGGCUUUAACGUCUCUCUCUUCACAUACUGUCAAUUCCUUGGAGAAGCACCUGACGGUUUCUGCUAAUUAUGUUAGUCUGGAUGUUAGCAAACAAGAGUCUGCUUUUCCGCAUUGGAAUCCUAGUGCUCUUCUUGUUCACGCUGCCAGGGAUCAUGGAGUACCUGGAUAUGUGGAAUUCGUUUCACAUUGCUCUGGAAAUAGUAUGCAGAUCCAAAACUUCACGGCACUUGAGCAAGUCAUGCGUCCGGAAGAUGCUAAGGCUCUCGAGGAAAUUUAUACUCGAGUUGAAGACAUUGAUCUUCUCCUUGGAGGAGUCCUGGAAAUCCCACGAGACGGUGCAGCAGUUGGCCCAACCUUUGUCUGCCUUCUGAAGCAACAAUUUGUGAAACUAAGAAAUUCCGAUCGAUUCUGGUAUGAAAAUGACAUCCCGCCUUCUGGACUAACACCAGCUCAACUCUCAGAAAUUCGAAAAGUUUCCCUAGCGGGAAUCCUAUGCGCAAAUACUGAGAUGACUAGGAUACAACAUAAAUCCUUCUUCCAACAAGAUCCAUACUUGAACGUUCGAAUCAUCUGCAAUCAGCACGAUGUUCUAGACCUCAGUCCCUGGAAUGAGGAUCCAAUGCCUCCUCCAAUCAUCGACAAUUACAUGAGUACCACAGAAGAAACUGAAAUCAUUCCAGAAAUCAGUUCAGAAGUGAUUUCUGCUGCCUUAAAGAAAGCAGUGGAAGAUCUGAUUCAGAGAAAACAAUUGGAAUACAAGUCUUGGAUGGAACAAAGAUAUGCUGAUCCAAAAUCUCCAGCUGGAACCGCAGCCAGUUUCUCCAAGGCGAAUAAAGAUGCACUCUUACUGGCUAAUUCCUCUAUUCUUUUCGAAUUGGCAACGAAUGAAAUCAUAAACGGCCCUCAUGGUCUUAGUCGUAGAAGGAAGAGACAGGCUUUUGAUUCUCCAGAUAAUAUUUUGGGAUUCCCAAAUAGUGACUUCACGGACAUUCUUCAAAACGUCGAUGUUUCUGGACUGAUUCCUAAUAAGAAAGCUACCAAUCACGAAGAAAUUGAAUGUCCAGUUGACGAAUCUCCAUGCGAUCCAAACAGUCCUUAUAGAACACUCUCAGGUCACUGUAACAACUUAAGGAAUCCAAAUCUGGGAAAAUCUCUUACGACUUUCGCGAGAUUGCUGCCUCCAGUAUAUGAAGAUGGUGUUUCUAAACCAAGAGUUUCCUCGGUUACUGGAUCACCACUCCCGAAUCCUAGAGUUAUUUCUACUGUGAUCCAUCCUGACAUUUCUAAUUUGCACAAUAGAUAUACUCUGAUGGUGAUGCAGUAUGCUCAGUUUAUUGACCACGAUUUGACGAUGACACCCAUUCAUAAAGGAUUUGCUGAGUCCAUUCCCAGUUGCAGAUCCUGUGACUCUGCAAGGACAGUCCAUCCUGAGUGCAAUCCCUUCCCCGUUCCACCUGGCGAUCACUUUUAUCCAACUGUGAAUGUUUCCACGGGAGCUAGACUUUGCUUCCCUUCGAUGAGGUCACUUCCUGGACAACAGAACUUGGGACCCAGGGAGCAGGUUAAUCAAAACACGGCGUUCUUGGAUGCUUCGGUUGUUUAUGGAGAGAAUAAUUGUAUUUGCAAUCUUUUGAGAGGAUUCAAUGGUAGAAUGAACAUCACGACUCAUCCGAAUCGUGGAAAGGAUCUGUUACCUCAGACUGCUACUCACCCAGAGUGCAAGUCACGAUCGGGAUAUUGUUUCGUUGGUGGUGAUGGACGAGCUUCAGAACAACCUGGAUUGACAGUAAUGCACACUAUGUGGGUGCGAGAACAUAAUAGAAUUAUGGAAGGACUCAGGCAAGUGAAUCCUCAUUGGGACCAUGAGAAGCUGUUCCAGGAGACCCGUCGCAUCAUCAGUGCGAUGCUACAGCACAUCACCUACAACGAAUUUCUACCCAGAAUUCUGGGUUGGAACGCCGUUAGUCUUUAUGGAUUGAAACUUCUUCCUCAAGGAUAUCACAAGGAAUAUUCUCCUACUUGCAACCCCAGUGUUCUCAACGAAUUCGCAGCUGCUGCCUACAGAAUUGGCCACUCGCUCCUGCGACCUCAUCUUCCUCGAAUGGACCCAAACUACCAAAACAUUGAUCCUCCAAUUCUCUUGCGAGAUGGUUUCUUCAACAUUGAUAUGCUCUAUCAACAAGGAAUGAUAGACGAAAUGCUCAGAGGUCUUGUUGCUACGCCUAUGGAAACUCUCGAUCAAUUUAUCACAGGCGAAGUGACAAAUCAUCUCUUCGAGAAUCAUCAAAUUCCUCACUCUGGUAUCGAUCUCAUAGCCUUGAACAUCCAGCGAGCUAGAGAUCACGGAAUCCCAUCAUAUAAUAAUUACAGAGCUCUCUGUAAUCUGAAACGAGCAUCCACAUUUGAAGAUCUAUCUAGAGAAAUGGCUCCUGAAGUAAUUGCUAGAAUGAAGAGAGUAUAUCCCUCUGUCGAUGACAUCGACUUGUUCCCCGGUGGCAUGAGCGAAAGACCUCUUCAAGGUGGUCUUGUGGGUCCAACAUUCGCCUGUAUCAUUGCUAUUCAGUUUAGACAAUCCCGGAAGUGUGAUCGAUUUUGGUAUGAAACUGAUGAUCCUAAUAUCAGGUUUACGGAGCCUCAGUUGUCGGAAAUAAGGAAGACUACUCUCUCUAAAGUCAUGUGUGAAAACAUGGAUCAGCAUAAUGAAAUGCAGAGGGCAGCUUUCGAUCUGCCGAGUAACUUCUUGAAUCCUCGAGUGCCUUGUAGUUCCAUGCCACAUAUGGACUUCUCCGCCUGGAGAGAAACCAGACAUGGUUGUCAAAUCGGAGGAAGAAAUGUCGCUAUUGGAGAGUCUGGAUUUCCAACACCGUGCAGUAGUUGCAUCUGCACUGCUGAAGGAACCCAGUGCGCCUCUUUACGAGUAACCGACUGCAAUCAACUUCUGCGGGAAGCUUCUCGAGAAGCAAUUUUACGAGACGACGUCUGCACUGCCCAAUGUGGAUUCGUCCUCGCAGCAACUGAAUCAUCAUCAAGAUUACAAUUCACCACACCAAACAGUGGCUUCCCAGGCUUCAACCAACACAGAAGCAGUUUGCGAGGUUCGCCAACACCAGCCACCUUCAACGGCUUCAAACUGCCAGACCUCUCGCAAUUUGUUGGCUGAAAACUGAGAAACCUCCUCCUCCUCCUACUACGGACUACAAUUCUACUUUCAUAGUUUUCCUGGCAACUCCCCCCCCCCCCCCCUCUUUUCUCCCUGGACACUUUUUCCUCCACCAAACGAACAUCAUCAAGUGCCAGCUCUUCGAGUCGCAAACUGCCGGCUGUCUGAAUCCGCAGGGAUUCAGCAUAAUAUCUGUACAGAAAAGACAUCGAGGUCCAAGAUUACAGUGGCGAUUUUCGAAUUCCGUCGAGGAAACGAAAGACAGGAGAGAGUAUACCUGCAGGAGUGUAAAUAUAGAUGUUAAGCUCAAGUCUUGGUACUCUACAGAUAUAAAAUUCGCGUGAGAAUUAUUUUUGUAUGUAUGCGUAAUUGUAAUGGGCACGUGACUUUACUCACGGCCGCUCGACUUAAGGAAAGAAGAAGAAGAAGAAGAAAUGCGACAAUGGUGAUCUCGCUUAAAAAAAAGCAACUACGAUACUGCCAGAAGUUCUAGAAGCAGUAAUGACGUUUUAUACCUGUAUAAAGAAAGGCGUUCCUCAAAUUCACGCACGUCGUACCUUUCA